AUGAUUGACCAACUGCCUACAGCAAAGUCGUCGUUGGAUAAUGAAUCCUCUCUCCCCAGCCUUUCCGACAAUUCCACUGUUUACUCAUCCGAGCCGCAUCGAGAAUUCCCAUCGCAAUUGGGGGGAGACAGAACGACUGUUGGCUUUCUUCGGCGCCGCUUUCCAUCGGUACGGCCUCAGAAGCGCCAAGAAACCGACCAAGGUGGACUGAAAGGUCCUUUUGGACUUCAGUUAUUACACGCCUCGCCGCAACCUCUGAUUGAUAUUGUAUUCGUACAUGGGCUUCGUGGCGGAUCAUUUAAGACAUGGCGCAAAGGGGACGACUCUCAGCUGUUCUGGCCUCAAUAUUGGCUCCCGAUGGAAACCGAUCUGCGUAAUGCAAGCAUACACUCCUUUGGGUAUGAUAGCGAUCGAGGGAGCCUCAAUCCAGGUGUGCUUAACGCACACGACUUCGGACGAACUCUUUACGGGGAACUGGGGUCAUCGCCCUAUUUGGGACGGAAUUCUAACUCUCCGAUUAUCAUGGUGGGACACUCCAUGGGCGAACUAGUGAUCAAGAAGGUGUGCUUCUUCCGCCCCCAGGGGAUCCAACUUCAGACUAACCAGCAACAAGGCAUAUAUAUUAGCCCACGAAGACCAUACCCAUCCCUAACUUUCUAG